UUUCCUGGCCCACCACCCUGGAGUGCGGCUGGGUGCUGCGGCCCCCAGGGUGAUGGAGAGUUCAAAAAUCACAUUUAAGGUCUGAAGGACAUGGAAAUGCUGUGAGUUUAAGGCUUAAAUGAAUUUUCAUUAACAAUGUGAGGAUUUGACAGAAACAGCCAGUAUCCAGUGAGCUGCAGGAUGCAGUGAGCAGGUGCUGGGCUGGGGACCUCUGCCCUGGGAGACCCGGGCUGCCCCAGAUUCCUCCUUGCCCUCGGCGGGGACCUCCGGAGGGAGGUCUGCUGGGGCGCUGGCUGGUUCCUUGCAGCUCGAAAUCGAAAUCGCAGGUCUCCCUCCCAAGAAGCGGGUGGGUUAAGGCAGGAAUCCAGUGAGGACUGAAUGUCACAACCAGCUUCCAUUAACCGCUCUGUCUGCGCAGGGCUUUUUGGCUCUGAUGUCGCGGCAACAACUUCUGGUUUUCUUGGUAACAAUGUAGCAUUCUACCCCAGAGGGAGGGCAUUUAGUUUCAACUGGGAGCCCAGGGGCUGCAGGAUGGGCAGAGUGGCCGGCUUGUUUACUCGGUGGACACUGACUGUCUCCCUGGCCCAGCUCUGAGUACCUCAUGGGGUGAACCUGUUGGUUCCUACGCAGGCAGUCAGGCCAGUGCGGAAACAGGCCCAGAGAGGUCAAGAAGCCUCAGGAGACCACCCAGCCAGGGAGCCCUCAGGGUGGGAGCCCGGGAGCUUUUUGGUGCUUUCCUGGGUCUGAGGGCUGAGGUCUGGAGGGUCCAGGGUAUCAGAUACACUGGCAUCUUCUUUUAGUUUUCUGAGCCAGGCCGAAGGGAGCCUUGGCAGGGUUCUUGGACCCGGGGCAUAUGCAGCCCCCUCCCCAUCACUUCUAUGACUCCUUCGGAAGUGGGGCUCCCUGGGGAUCUUUGGGCAUGUUGCUUUCUGUGGCUGAUUUUCUUCUGAGGAAAAUUAAGUGCUGUCAGGUGGGGUGAGGCCGUGCCUUCAUACCACCCAGGGCCAGCAUUUCUGCCUCCGCCUGUGGCCAGGUCCUUCCCUGGGACCUGGACCUUAAAGCUGGAAAGUGGGCUGAUGUUCUUAAAAAAACGUGACUUUUUUGGGCUGGGGCUGGGGCUCACAUGCGUGAGGCACCAGGUUCCAUCCUCAGCACCACAUAAAAUUUUUUUUUUAAAUGUUAAAAAUAAAAACAACUGACUUUUUCUUCUGCCCUGUCUUCACCCAAACAAUCAUCUGCUCAUGUAACAGCCGUCCCUGCUGACCUUCCCACCCCCAGCUUGGUCAGAAGUGUGGGGAAAACUGGGUGCAGUGGCCACGCCUGUAAACCCAGCAACUUGGGAGGCUGAGGCAGGAGGCUCUCACCUUCCAGGCUAGCCUGGGCAACUCAGUGAGGUUCUCAGCAGCUUAGCAAGAACCUGACUCAAAAUUAAAAAAAAAAAAAAAAACAUGUUGAGGAUGUGGUUCCGUGCAAAUCGCCCCUGAGUUCAAUCCCGAUAGCAAGAAAGAAGUAGUGUGGGAAAGGUCUCCUGGCCCCUUCCACCGAGGCCUUUUCUAUGAAGUAUGGUUCAAGGGUCUACCCAGCAGACAGAAGGGUGCACCUGGUGCACGCGUGUGCAAAGGCCCGGAGGUGGGAAGCAUCUAAAGAUGAGAACAUUCUCUGGUUUGUGGUCUGAAUCCUGGCAGGCCUGGACUGUACCCGGGGGAGCUGUGGGCAGUGUCUGAGCAUCAGAGGAGCAAGGGCCUUGAAGGUACCAGGGGCAGGUCCAGGAAGGGGCCCGUUGGGGCUCUGACAAGAACAUCUCCACCAGAGCCAGGUAGGAGGCCUGACUGUAGGACUUCCUCCCUUCCUCCCCGCCUCUCCUCUCCACUCCCCUCCUGCAGUGCUGGGGCUGGUACCCAGGCCGUGCACGCUGGGCGGGUGCCGUACCGCUGGCCCCUUUUUAUCUUAUUUGAGAUGGGGUGUCACUGGGGAUACCAGGCUGGCCUUGCUUGAGAUCCUCCUGCCUCAGCCUCCUGAGUCACUGGGAUGACAGGUGUGGCUGCUGCUCCUGGGUUUGACUCCAGAGCUGCGUGGUGGUUAGAGCUCCCACAGGGAUGGACAGCCAGCCCAGGAGGGUCCUUGCAGGGGCCUGCUGUCUUGGAUGGUGGCUGUGUGGCGGUGUGGGUGUGAGGAGCAGUCAGGCAGGGUGGCUGUCUCCUGCCAGGGGUUUCCAGCAGGAAUUCAGAGGCAGCCAGAGCUGGUCACUGGUCCCAGAGACGACCUGAGCUGGGCUGGGGAGCCCAGUAAGCCAGGCUGGUGAGGGCCAGAGUGAGGGCAGGCAGGCGGGGGCACCGCACGGUCAGAGGAGUGCAGGUGGGAUGGCCAGACCUGCAGCCUCCUGGGGUGGACGGCGGCAGCCUGGGCAGAGUCUGGUGACCCCUGUCACAGAACGAGGAGGAGUGCCCUUCCUUAGUGUGCAUGACUCUGACCAGAGCCCCAGGAAGGGCCUCAUGCUGCCCACGUGGGUGGCAGGACCACAGCCCAGCCUGGCCUGGCCAGUGGGAAGGUAGGCUUGGAUGGGUCAGCCACACUGAGCUGCUCAGCCUGGCCGAGGCUCCAGUCCAUGCCUCCUGACCCAUGUCCAGUGUCCAGCUCACAUUCUUAGUUCAGGUUGAGUAGCCCUGACCUGAAAUUCCAAAAUCUGCAGCCUCUGAGCACCCUCCCCGCACUUGGUGGAAGUCCCACCGGGAGUCAGGAAGAGCCACGGAGCUGACACUCCUGCAGGAGAGUCCCCUCGGAGGCCACAGCCGCGGCCUGGCUUCUCCCAGCACCACGGGACAGGGCAGUGGUCCCCUUCGGGUAUGCCUGGUGCUUUGUAUCGUCACUCGCUGUCACUCGUGGGUGCUGGGCUGGGUGAGGACCCUGCCUUGGCUCAGUGUGAGCCGGACAGAGCCUCAGCAGGAAGAUGUGGUGAAGGGCAGGUGGCCCUGGGGUGGCAGGGUCCUCGAGGCGGAUGCUUCAGCCCAGCAGGAGCGGCUCCAGGCCAUUGCCGAGAGGCGGAGGAGGCAGGCGGAGAUCGAGGGCAAGCGCCGGCAGCUGGAGGAGGACAGGCGGCAACUGCAGCACCUCAAGUCCAAGGCCCUGCGGGAACGCUGGCUGCUGGAGGGGACACCUUCCUCGGCCUCAGAUGGGGAGGACAUGAGGAGGCAGAUGCAGGAGGACGAGCAGAAGGUUCAGCUCCUGGAGGGCUCCAUCUCCAGGCUGGAAAGGGAAAUCGAUGUGCUGGAGAAUGGGGAGCCGGCCCCUGCCCCCUUGAGAGAGGACAAGGCAGCGCCCAGUCCAGCCCGGACCCUGGCCCCAAGCCCAGCCAAGGAGCAGCCCCGGGGGGAGUUGGUGUGCAGCCCAGAACAGCCGAGAAACAGGUGUCCAACACCCCUGUGCGGACCAUCGGAGGCUCCCCCAUGGUGAAGGCAGCCAUGUACUCAGUUGAGAUCACUGUGGAGAAGGACAAGGUGACAGGGGAGACCCGGGUGCUGUCCAGCACCACACUGCUCCCCCGGGAGCCGCUUCCUCAGGGCAUCAAGGUCUACGAGGACGAGACGAAAGUUGUCCACGCCCUGGACGGCACCGCCGAGGACGGCGUCCACCCACUGAGCUCCUCCGAGGUGGACGAGCUCCUCCACAAAGCAGACGAGGCCGCUCUGAGCGAGGCGGGGUCCACAGCUGGGGCAGCUGAGGCCGGGGGGCCUGUGGAGGCAAUCCGGUCCACGCCCGCCCGGCGCGAGAUCCCUGGUGUGCAGGCUCAGCCUGGCGAGGCCACCUCGGGCACCCAGCCCGGCCAGGAGCCCCCGGUCACCAUGAUCUUCAUGGGCUACCAGAAUGUGGAGGAUGAGGCUGAGACCAAGAAGGUGCUGGGUCUGCAGGACGCCAUCACGGCCGAGCUGGUGGUCAUCGAGGAUGCGGCAGAGACCAAGGAGCCCGCCCCGCCCAAUGGCAGCGCAGCAGAGCCCCCUGGCGCCGCAGGCUCCAGGGAGGAGGACCAGGUGGGGCCCGAGGCCACCACCAGCGACCCCCAGGACCUGGACGUGAAGAAGCAGCGCUGCAAAUGCUGCUCUAUCAUGUGAGCCGGCCCGGCCCCCAGACCCCGGCCCCACCCUCCACACCAGACUCCCGCCAGCCCGGCCCCUCCUGGCACCUGCCCACCCUGCACCCAAACCUCACGGGCCCAGGACCUGCGUGUUGCUUCACGUCCCUUGAGUUUUCUUUCACUGAAGGGGGGACGGGGCCCCGCCUGCCGGCACACCCCGCCCUCAGCCUGGACCCCGAGCCGUGCACUGGUGCAGAGAAACGGGCUGGCCUGCUCUCCCCAGCGAGGACCCCAGACUGCGGCAGCUUCUUGAUGUGGCUCGCGCCCACAGGGUCCUGGUUGGUGUGGCCUGUGGCCAGCCGCCUGUGCCUUCCUGCCACCUCCCACAAGUUUCUGAGGGGACCAGGAGCCGAGGGGUCCCGGGGCCUGGUAGUGGGACUCUAAGGGGCCCUGCCAAAGGCGCUGGCCCCCAUCCCUGGGCAGUUGGGUGAGGCCACGCUUCUUAUGGGGCUUGAGGUCUUAGAAUGGAGCACGGGCUUCUCUGGACAUCCUCAGCCUGACAUGUACCCCCACAGGCCCAGCCAGUGGACGAUGGCACUUAGGGCGAGGACUGGGGGGAUGUGCCCCAUUGGGAGGGGUCUGUAACCCCUGAGCUGUCUCCUAGACAGGGAAGGCUGGGGUCUAGGAGCUGCCCCCUGCACAAGGGCCACAUGAGCUGCUCUUGUCCUGAGUUUCUGUCCCCCCACUGGGACCUCCUUCCUCCUGGUGCUAAUUUGGGGACCCCAGUGGCCGCUCCUGGCCUCCUGUCCAGCCUGCUUGGACCAGGGUCUUGGGUUCCCCUAACCAUACCCAAGAAGUCCGCCCCACCUGCCAGCUCUGCUGGGCUUGGAGCACUUCUGGGCCGGGAGGUCUCCCUGGCUGGAGCCGGAGACCCGGUGGGCCACCCAGCCCAGGGUGAGCCUGCUCACCGCCCUCACUGGAUGUGGCAGGGGCUCCCUGCCUGGGGACGGCCCUGCUAGGCCCCGGAGGCACACUCGUGCCCACUCUCACAGAGCCCUCUCCUUGAGUGCUGGCUUUGGCGACCAGGCCUCCAGCCCGGGGCCCGCACUUGGGUCUUCUCUUGGCCAGCGGUCAGCUGCUACAGGGUGACUGCAGGGACCAGGCUGGAUGGAGCUUGGGUCCUGGCUGCAUGGAGCCCCUCCGGCAGCUGGGAGGAGGGGUUGUCUCUGGGGGUGGCCUGGGCAGUGGCCGUGGGACCCUCUCUUCCUCCCUCGAAUCUGCCCGAGCCCCUCGAGCCGCGAGCCUCCGCUCAAGUGCCCUUGCUGCCCUCUGCUUCUGAUGUGUGAUGAGGCCCCGAUGUUCUCGACUUUCCCAGAGAAGCAAAUAAACAGUGCGAACAGCCCA